UCGGUGAUCGAAGAAGAAGAAAGGUAUAGAUAAUAGAUAGAGACCAACCAUUUGGAGGAAGGAAGUAUAUGUAUUAUUUAUUAUGUGAGGAUGGGUUAAGUAAUAGGGAGAAAAAGGCGUUAAACCAAUCCCUCAUAGGGCCACGGCGGCGCCACUCCGAUGGAAGAAAGCAAAGAAAGAGAAUUGUGAGAGAGAGAGAGGGAAGGGUGCAAAAAUGUCGAGCAUCGUCAAGGAGAUCCUGGCCAGCCCCAUACAAAUGGCGGACCAGGUCUCCAAGAUGGCAGAAGAGGCCCAGAAUUUUCGACAGGAAUGUCUCGAGUUGAAGUCAAAGACGGAGAAGCUCGCCGGCCUCCUCCGCCAGGCGGCCAGGAACAGCAGCGACCUGUACGAGAGGCCAACGCGACGCAUCAUAGACGACACCGAACAGGUCCUCGACAAGGCCCUCGUACUCGUCACCAAAUGUCGCGCCAACAGCCUCAUCAAGAAGCUCUUCACCAUCAUCCCCGCCACCGCCUUCCGCAAGACCUCCAUGCAGCUCGAGAACUCCGUCGGCGACGUCCAGUGGCUCCUCCGCGUCUCCGCCUCCGCCGACGAGCGCGACGACGAGUACCUCGGCCUCCCCCCCAUCGCCGCCAACGAACCCAUCCUCUGCCUCAUCUGGGAGCAGGUGGCCAUCCUCCUCUCCGGUGCCUCCCUGGAAGAGCGCUCCGACGCCGCCGCCUCCCUAGUCUCCCUGGCCCGCGACAACGACCGCUACGGCAAGCUCAUCAUCGAGGAAGGUGGCGUCCCCCCUCUCCUGAAGCUCCUGAAGGAAGGUCGAAUGGACGGCCAGGAAAACGCCGCCCGAGCCAUUGGCCUCCUCGGUAAAGACCCCGAGAGCGUCGAACACAUCGUCAACGCCGGCGUUUGCUCCGUCUUCGCCAAAGUCCUUAAAGAAGGGCACAUGAAGGUCCAGACCGUGGUCGCCUGGGCCAUCUCCGAACUCGCUGGUAACCACCCCAAAUGCCAGGACCAUUUCGCUCAAAACAAUGCCAUUCGCUUGCUUGUUAGCCACCUGGCCUUCGAAACCAUCCAAGAACACAGCAAGUACGCCAUUGCCAACAAACACAAGUCCAUUCACUCUGUUGUUCUUGCCAGCAACACUUCCACCCCCCACGACGAAGAAGAUGACAAUAAGCAGAUUGUUCACCCCAUGGGCAACCAGGCCUCCAGCCAAAUGUCCAAUAUCGUUUCCAACACCAUGGCCAUCAAGGGAAUGGGUGCCCAGGCCCAAGCCCAAGCCCAAGCCCAAGCCCAAAUCAAUCCCAACGUUAACGACCUCCCCUCCGGGAACCCCAAAAAGCACCACAAUCAUAAUGCCCACGUGUCUAUUGCCGGCACGAGUAUCAAGGGGAGGGAAUUCGAAGACCCGGUGACGAAGAGGGAGAUGAAGGCCAUGGCUGCGAGGGCGCUCUGGAUGCUCUCCAGGGGUAACUUAACGGUGUGUCGCAGCAUAACGGAGUCUCGUGCUUUGCUCUGUUUCGCGGUUCUGUUGGAGAAAGGUGCAGAGGACGUGCAGUCGUAUUCGGCGAUGGCUUUGAUGGAGAUAACGGCGGUGUCAGAGCAGCACGCUGAGUUGAGGCGGUCUGCUUUCAAACCAACUUCCCCCGCUGCCAAGGCGGUGGUGGAGCAGCUUAUAAAAAUAAUCGAAAAAGAAGAGCAAGAGCUUCUGAUACCUUGCGUGAGAUCCGUUGGAAACCUUGCCCGCACUUUCAGGGCCACGGAGACUCGGCUGAUUGGGCCUCUGGUGAAGCUCCUGGACGAAAGAGAGGCCCAUAUCUGCAUGGAGGUGGCCAUCGCUCUUAACAAGUUCGCCUGCACGGAUAACUACCUCCACGAGAACCACUGCAACGCCAUCAUUCAGGCAGGGGGUGCCAAGCACUUGAUUCAGCUUGUUUACUUUGGAGAGCAGAUGGUUCAGAUUCCCUCCGUCACUCUCCUCUGUUACAUUGCGUUGCACGUGCCAAAGAGCGAGACGCUGGCGCAAGAAGAGGUCCUCAUAGUUCUCGAGUGGUGCACCAAGCAAGCGCAUCUCAUCGAUGAUUCUCGCAUCGAAGCUCUUUUGCCCGAAGCCAAGAGUAGGCUCGAACUCUACCAAUCAAGAGGAAGAGGAUUCCGCUGAUCCCUCCCUCCCUGCCUGCACUUCAUCAUCACUGUAUAUAUGUUUAAUUAGCAAUCUUGCAGGCUCCUCGCCCUUUUCAAAUUAAUCUAGCCUCCUCUUCUUUUUUACGUCCUAUUCUCUAUACAAAACUUUUUCUCAAUCUUCUCUCA